CAGUAGGAGAGAGUGGGUAAAUUGAGCAAUUUUUUACAUUCAGCAUCACUUCAUCAUGGGAACUAUUGUAUUAUUUCUAACAAAGAUAUCUACAUAUAUUUGUGGAUGUUGUGUAUCCAUGGAAAUAAUCAGAAUUCAUGGCCAUUUCCUAGAAACCAGGGUGGCUCAGUUUAGCCAUUUAGCUCAACCUACCCCAUACUCCCCUGCAGCAUCCUAAAACUCAUAAAGCCGGCUCUUCCAGAAUUAAUGCGUAUGAAAAGCAAGACAUCUUAGAUUGUGUUUAAAAUAUUGAGGGACUGUUAAUCAGUGGGGUGUUAAAAAAACAUGUGGUUCGAAUGCCUUUGCCCACCACAUGCGUAAAUCGAAUUGUCAAUUCCAAAUGUCCUUAGCGCAAAAGUCCGAGUGUGCGUUUAAAAGCAAGCAGGUGUAGCCCGUGCCAUGUCUGGUCUGUGGUGCACAUCCUGCCCCUAGCGGUAUUUCUCUGAAAGUCCGUUUCACCUCGACUUUAUCUCUGACAUGUUGCCAUGGCAACUGUAAAGCGUGUGAUUACAAAAACAAGUUGCUUGACCCAUCGUCAGCGAGAAGCGGAGGUUCUUCAUUCGACAUCUACGGCGCCAUCUUAUUGCUUUGAGUGAGGUAGACCGAGACAAAUAGACAAGGUUGUCAUCAUCACUGGUAAUUAUGAGCGGAGCUAAAGCUCGCAUUGACCCGCCUGUUGCUGCUGAGAAUGUCUCGAUCACCGGGCACAGUUCCGCGGCUGCUGCGCGGGAGCGCAAGCCAGGUGGAGGGGUUCUGAAGAGACUCAAGUCUCUGCAAAGCCAGGUGGAUAGUAGGCCGGUCACAGAAGAUGAUCUUCGAACACAAGUUGGCCACAUCACCCCUGAAGAGGUCCUACGAUUGCCGGUUGCUACUCGGGGGUACCUGUGUAAACCAGAGGACAACAUCUUCGACAUAGAUUUUAUCCGCUUUAAAAUCAGAGACUUGGAGACAGGGACUGUGUUGUUUGAAAUUGCCAAACCACCUCAUACGGAGGAAGAUGAGGAGAAUGGAGAGGGAGACAUGAGUGCCGGGCGUUUUGUAUGCUACCAGUUCACCACUGCAUUCCUACGACUGAGGACUGUGGGAGCCACAGUGGAGUUUACGGUUGGUGACCGCCCUCUGAACAGCUUCAGGAUGAUUGAAAGGCACUACUUCAGGGAUCACCUCCUGAAGAGCUUUGACUUUGACUUCGGCUUCUGUAUCCCCAACAGCCGCAACACCUGCGAACACAUCUACGAGUUCCCUCAGCUGUCUGAGAGCUUGGUUCAUCAGAUGGUGGAGCAUCCCUACGAGACGAAGUCGGACAGCUUCUACUUCGUAGACAACAGACUGGUCAUGCACAACAAGGCAGACUACUCUUAUAACGGGGGCAGGCGUUGAGUGUCUUAUGUGCCUGUGUGUGUGCGUGUGUGUAUGUUUGUGUGUGUGCUGUGCCAAAGCGUUUACUCACACAAACAGACUCUCACCCAAGUGUUGAGUACUGUAAGUUAAACAAACUCUAUUGUCAUGGCAUAGCUGUAUGGGCUAGCAUGGAAAAGUUUAAGAACAGCAGGACAGAUCCACAUUAGGGCCAUAUAGACUACUGGCAGUGGUAUGGCAACAUUCUGCCAUAUAGACUCCUGGCAGUGGUAUGGCAACAUUCUGCCAUAUAGACUACUGGCAGUGGCAUGGCAACAUUCUGCCAUAUAGACUACUGGCAGUGGUAUGUCAACAUUCUGCCAUAUAGACUACUGGCAGUGGUAUGGCAACAUUCUGCCAUAUAGACUACUGGCAGUGGUAUGGCAACAUUCUGCCAUAUAGACUACUGGCAGUGGUAUGGCAACAUUCUGCCAUAUAGACUACUGGCAGUAGUAUGGCAACAUUCUGCCAUAUAGACUACUGGCAGUGGUAUGGCAACAUUCUGCCAUAUAGACUACUGGCAGUAGUAUGGCAACAUUCUGCCAUAUAGUGCUUUGUCUUUCUCCCACCAAAAAUGAAAUGUGUCUCAGCUAACCAAGUGAUUUAUGUUAGUGUGUAAAAGGACAGUUAAUGUACUGUCAUACUCAUGAAGAACCAGACAAUGCCCACAUACAUACAGACAGGCAGACUGACAGGCAGAUAGGCAGACAGACGUAGAAACAAUCUCCCUCGCUCCCUCCUUCCCUCUCCCUCUCUCUCUAUUUCUCUCUCUGUCGUUAGCUGCUGUGCCCACCCACCACUCUAGAUGUAUUAAUAAGAGAGGAAGGGGGAAGACACACACAAACCCACUCACACACACACUCACUGUCAAACACACAUGCCAGCUCACUCACAUACAGUGCCUAGUGAAAGUCUACACACCACUUGCUUGUCCCCGGCAGGGACUGGUGAGUUUGCCAGGAUCAAAAUAAAUAUGAAACAAGCAAAUUCAAGGUAAAAAGUUAGAGGAAAACCUGCCUCAGUCUUCUGAAUACCCUGGUGUCAUGACUGUCUGAUAGAGUUUAUUUUACAGCGAGACAAUUACACCAAUGUUAAUGCCAAAGACACACCAGAAUGGCUUUCAAAGUGGUGUUGAGUGUUUCCGAAUGGUCCAGUCUCAGUCCUGACUUAAAUCUGCUUGAAAAUCAGAGACAAUGUUUGAAUAUUUCUGUCCAUCAAUGAUUCCCUACCAAAUGUACUGAGCUUGAGCAAUUUUGACAAAAACAAUGGAUAUAUGUUGCCCUAAGAGUUGUGCAUAGUUGGUAGAAUCUUAUUCAAAAUUAUUUACAGCUGUAAUUGCUGCCAAAGUUGCUUCCACCAAAUAUUAACUAUGGGGUAUGAAGACAUCUUAAUUUUUAAUUUAAAAAACAAGCUCUAUACUAUUUCUUUCACUUUGAAAAUGUGGAGCUUGUUGUGUAUAUCAGUAGGAAAUAAAAACUAAAUGUAAUCUCUUUUUGAAAUAUUUAAUUUGAAGGCAGAAAAUGUGACAACUGUGCAAGGGGUGUAUAGAUUUUCACUAGGCACUGAACUUUCACCACACCCCCUCCCAGAGAGACCUACUGUAGCAUGUCACCUGAAUGUACUUGCAUUCAAAUUCAACUUUAUUUAUAGUGCAUCUAAACAUGCAGGUCCAAUAACAUACUUCACAAACAAGUUGAUCAGAGGAAGGACUCUUAUGUUUACAGUCAAAUCGGAUUCAGAACGAAAUUAUCUAAAGCAGUAACAGACAGGUAUUGCAACUAAAACAUUUCUGUACAUAAUUUAUCCUUUAUUUUUGGUGUCCUUCAGUGAUUUGACAGGAACUUAUAAAUAGAACGUAGUAUUAUAUUUUUAUUUAUAUAAACUGAAAAGACAGCCCUGGUCAGAAAAUUGUCAACAAUUAUAUAUGCGGUCAUAUAGGAUACAGUUCUUUACACAACUCUUGAUUGUAUUAAUAUGGCAGGUUCACACUUUUUAUUACCAUGUUUUAUCAUGUUAUAAAGUAAAAAGUUGUAGUGUUUUUGAUUGUUUCCUCAAGAAACGCCAAAACUGCAUGAGGCAUCAAAAUGUGUGAAAUAUAUGUGGAGUUUAGGGAAAUUGGUGAUAGAUCUUUGUUAGAGAUAGCUAGAAAUCAAAUAGUGUAUCCUUUUGUGUUUUGUAAACUACUGGUGUCCAGGGUUAAGUGAAUACUUGUAUAAAAAAAUGUAUCCAAAAUAAACAUGUGAAUUUUCAAAUGCCUUUGAUGAGGUGCAAAAGUAUGUUUCAGCAAUGUCAUUCAUUCAUUCAACCUGUUGAGAAGUUACUUUAAAGGAGAGUGAGCGCCGCCCUUCCGGGUUUCCUAAGAAGGAAACAGUGUCAGGUGUUGGCCACGAGGGGGAGUUAUGUGACAAAUAAUCAAGAGAGAGGAACCUGUCCUGUUUUGGUGAAGAAUCUACUACAACAACAACAACUAAAUGACAAAUGAUCAAUCUGUUGAAUGAUUAAUGAUUCAAAACCAUUGAUUCUUGAAGAAUAUAAUUUGAAAUGCCUAAUGAGCUUACUAAUGAGUCUUAUCCUCAGUGGUGUAAAGUAACUAAGUAAAAAUCAUUUGAAGUACUUCCAAAAGGAAAAUGCCACAUUUGUUUCAUUAGUACCUUGUUUGAUAUAGUCCCAAAUGUUUUGCAUGUCAGCAAGCAAGUUUUCAAGAUAUAUCACUUUCAAAGUACAGAAAUAUAGCUGGUAUGAUGCAUUUAUCAUAUCAUGCAAAACGUAGUGUCAUGUGAUGCAAAAUUAAUCAUACUGGUUGUAUUUCUGUAUUUUGAAAGUUAUAUAUCUUGAUAACCUGAUUGCUGACAUAUAAACUGACUAUAUAAACAAUGGACUAAUGAAAGAAAUACCAAAAUAUUGUUUUUGGGUGGAGUUUUCCUUGUAGUUUUUUUAGGGGUAUCUGUACUUUAUUAUUUAUAUUUUUGACACAUUUUACUUUUACUCCACUACAUUAGUAAAGAAAAUAUGUGCUUUUUACUCCCAUACAAUUUCCUUGACCCAAAGUACUCGUUACAUUUCGAAUGCUCAGGCAGUACAGCAAUUAUGUAAAUGAUGUCUGAGUUUUGGAGUGUGUCCCUGGCUAUUUGUAAAUAAAUAAAAAAACAAGAAAAUUGUG